UCACGCUGGAACGCAUGCAUGGCCGCCUCUAUGGCUGCAGUUGGAGGGACUCUGAACUUUAAUGUCGGGGUGCUGGGGCACAUUGACAGCGGGAAGACGUCCCUGGCCCGGGCGCUCAGCACCACUGCCUCCACCGCCGCCUUCGACAAGAACCCGCAGAGCCGGGAGCGGGGGAUCACGCUGGACCUGGGCUUCUCCUCGUUCACCGUGCCGCCGCCGGAGCACCUGAGCCACACCGGCUACAAGAGGCUGCAGUUCACACUGGUCGACUGCCCGGGCCAUGCGUCCCUCAUCAGGACCAUCAUAGGGGGUGCGCAGAUCAUAGAUCUCAUGAUGCUGGUCAUCGACGUAACCAAAGGCAUGCAGACCCAGUCUGCGGAGUGUCUGGUCAUUGGACAGAUUGCUUGCAACAAGAUGGUGGUGGUCUUAAACAAAACCGAUUUGCUGCCAGAAAACAAGAGGCAAGCUGCUAUAGAGAGGAUGACUAAGAAGAUGCAGAAGACAUUAGAGAAUACGAAAUUUCAUGGUUGUCCUAUUAUCUCUGUGGCUGCAAAACCAGGAGGACCUGAGGCGCCGGAAUCGGAAACUGCUCAGGGAAUCUCGGAAUUAAUGGAGCUCUUGAAGUCUCAGGCCUACUUGCCUCGUAGGGAUCCCUCGGGGCCUUUCCUCAUGGCUGUUGACCACUGUUUCUCCAUCAAGGGUCAGGGCACGGUGAUGACAGGCACCGUCCUCUCUGGAUCCGUCAGUCUCAAUGACAACGUGGAGAUCCCAGCUUUAAAGGUGUCUAAGAAGGUGAAAAGCAUGCAGAUGUUCCACCAGCCGGUCAGCAGCGCCAUGCAGGGCGAUCGCCUGGGAAUCUGCGUAACUCAGUUUGAUCCAAAGCUGUUAGAAAGAGGACUUGUCUGCACUCCAGACUCGCUGCACACAAUCCACGCGGCCAUAAUAUCCGUCAAGAAGAUCCCUUACUUUAAAGGGUCUCUUCACACCAAAGCCAAGUUCCAUAUAACGUUGGGCCAUGAAACUGUAAUGGGGAAAGUCAUGUUCUUCAGCGUUCCUCCUCCUCCUCACCUCAACCAAGAAGAACCUACAGACCACUUCGAUUUCGGGGAGGAGUAUUUAUAUCAGGACAGCUAUAUCACGAAGGACUCGGGCAAAGCGGAUAGUCCUCAGGGAGACGAGCUCCUUCCUAAGGAGCAGUGGGCCUUACUGGAGUUUGAGAGGCCGGUCACCUGUCCCAAACCGUGCCUUGUGAUUGGAUCCAAGUUGGACACUGACAUCCAUUCAAAUACCUGUAGAUUAGCCUUUCAUGGAGUCCUCCUCGAAGGGGCAGAACACAAGAACUACUCCGAGACAUUUCUUCCAAAACUCAAGGUCUUCAAGAUGAAACACAAGGAAGGACAAGUUGAGAGGGUAAACGACGACUACAGUGUCAUCGGACGUUCCCUCUUCAAAAAGGAGACCAAUAUGCAGCUGUUUGUCGGACUGAAGGUGAAGCUGUCGACGGGAGAGGAAGGCACCAUAGAAGGAAGCUUCGGCCAGAGCGGCAAAUUCAAAAUCCGAAUCCCAAACGGUCUGAAGCCAGAGACAAAGCAAGCUCUUGGAGGUUCCUCAAAAAAGAAGACCAAAGCAAGUAAAGGAGACACAGAAUCAACCAAAGAAGAAGAAAGUCGGGCAGACAGUCAGCCUGUGCUCAUCAUCUUGGCCUUCAAAAGAUAUGUGUUUGACCCACAGAAGAAAAUUAUUCAGUCUUGAUUCUUGAUUUGGUGCAUCUUAAUCACUGGAAGGGCUGCCCAUGAAUGUACAUCGUUAUAAUUAUGUUUAACCUCAAAAAUUCUUCAUCUUUGUGUUCAUACAUAUAAUAAUAUGAUGAUUCCUUUAAUCUGGCAUCAAGAGGACCAAAUGUACACAGGAUCCUCUAAUCACUGUUCUAGGGAGAGACCCUCAAGGGUGGCAUGAAACCCUAAGGCCUCUUUAACACGGGCGUCAUGUUUUUGGCCCGGGUAAGAGGCGGGUGCGUUGCGGGGAAAAUGCGUGAUUUUUCUGCGCGAGUGCAAAACAUUGUAAUGCGUUGUGUACGCG